AACCGCGCCCUCUACAGCCCAGCCAGCGGCGGCGGUCACGUGGGCGGGCGAAGGCGGGCAAAUGGCGACCGUUAGCGAGCUGAAAGCCGUUCUAAAAGAGACCUUAGAAAAGAGAGGUGUGAUGGGUCAACUAAAAGCCAGAAUUCGAGCUGAGGUUUUUAGUGCCCUGGAUGAUCAGAGCGAACCAAGGCCUCCGCUGUCACAUGAAAACCUUCUUAUUAAUGAGCUCAUCCGUGAAUAUCUUGAGUUUAAUAAAUACAAAUAUACAGCAUCAGUGCUUACAGCAGAGGCUGGCCAACCUGAGAUACCUUUAGAGAGACAGUUUCUAGUGAAUGAGCUGAAUAUUGUUGAAGAUACAAGCAUAAAAACUGUCCCUUUACUGUAUGGAAUUCUAGCUCAUUUUGUCAAUGAGAACAAGGAGGAUGGAGUAAAAUCUCUUGCUAAAACGACAUCGUUGCCAAAUAUAAAGAAAGUGAUUUUAAGGGAGCCAAAUGAUAAGUGCAGUCCAGGGGACUUGCCUGAAUCUAGUAGAUUAAUUGGAAGAAGCUUUGAAGACCCCUUUGUUCUCAAAGGUGGACAUUCAUAACUGUUGAUUUAUCCUUUUGUUGUUUGUUAUCCAACACUAGUUUUGUUAACAAUAAAGAUGGAGUCCUACAAAAUAGAUAUGCAAUUUGGUCCUCUGUGUCCUCUUUAUUCUGGUUUCUCCUUUAAUAAUAUCAGAUAUGUUUAAGAAGUCCUAAAUUUCUUAAUGGGACCAACUUUCAAUUAUUCUGGAGCAUUUGUACCAUGCAGCUUGUUCUUAUACUUCAUCCAUAUGCAUUAUCAUUUGACUGAAUACUUUUUUUGUGUUGUGAUGUGCCUGUUAUUCUUUUUAAGUGCAAUCUUUCUAAUUUAGUCUUGUUUAUUUUCCAAUAAAUAAUUUGGAUGGUGUAACUCAUGACACUAACUAGGUCAUAUAAAUUGAAAUAAAAACAUGUCCUUCAUGGAUACACUGUCCAACACUUAAGAUUCACAAUGUAGUUUGAUUCUCCAUUAACUUGUCUAUUUUACAUUAUUGCUGUGGAGGAGCCUUGUUCAACUUGAUGAAACCGAAGAGGUCAUAAACACAAUUGCAUUGUGUUUUACAUGACAGAGUUGGAUGUGCAUGGGUACUAUCAACACCAUAACUGUACAUUGAAAUAAUUGAAAGUAUUUGUAUAUUUGAUUUUAAUAAGAAUAUUUAUAAAAUGUUUUAUACUUAAUAAAGCUAAUAUUGCUGUUUCA